CCAAUAAGCCCCAAAACAACCAGGAAAACAGCGAUAAUCUGGUUAAACUGCUUCAUCCUCCCAAGGUUUCGGCUGCUAAACUCCUUGAGCUUUAGGCGUCACUUUCGGUUCUGCGGAUAUCGGAGACCUUCCGUGUCAUUUUCUACUUGAAGAGGGUGGUACGUUUAUCCACCAAUCAGAGUUCUUCGUUGUUGCUUUAUCAUCCAAUUAUCGAACGGAAUGACGGGCAUUGGCUUGAGGCGCGAGGUGCUGGCGCUCUACCGGGAUGUUCUGCGCGUGGCGAGGGACUUCCCCGAGCGCAGCAUCGGCCGCAAGCUGCAAUAUAAUGCGAGGGAGUUGCUGCGUCUGAGACAGCGUGAGAGCAACGCUGCGCGUAUCCAGACGCACCUGGAGGAAGGCCGUGACGCCUUGCGCGUGUACCAAGUGCUGCAAAACGACCCUGAGCUGCUCACGGCCAUCACAAGGAAGAAAAUACCGAUUGCAGACACCAAGAAAUAGAGUUAGCAAGCGCGUAUAGCGAACAGAUGGGCUGAACUGGUUUAUUGUCGGGGUAUGAACUACUAAGCUGCACUGCUUUGCUAUCAUAUUCCCAUUAACGAUCACUUGUACUACUGCUGUAUUCUAAACGCCCCUGCAGUACGUACAUGUAAUGCGGCCCCGCAAGUAUCUUCUGAAGCUGUGGACACUUCGAAGUAACGCUCACGCUGCUUCCAGCCACGAGCAAAUGCCCAAAUCUGCUGCCUCGCAAGCGCGUCGUCGCCUUUCAGAAGCGGUGGUUGCACUCGCUCCCGAUACGCGCGUGAACUGCACGACGAAUUGGUCGGCAACCAAAUGCAUGCAAUACCUUCAGACUUUCGAUGCACGUGCUUAGGAUGCUGCUGCGAUGGCUGCACCUGCGUAUUCAGCCGGGAGUAUGCUGAUACGCACAAAUGGAGCACUAACGCAUUGUAGAAGGUAGUGUGGACGGGUUGGUCUCCAGUGUGCUGUAUCAAGGCGACGCUAUGUCUGCCCAAUGGCAAAUAGUGUUUUUCAAGUUAGUGACCACAACUUGUUGUCGAUAGCGGCACAGCAUUGGCUCUUAGGGUUGAAUGCUCCACCUACUCCUUUAGCAACAUGUCACCUUGGAUAGUUACAACACAUACUUAGAUGUACCACAACUGCGACACAAAAAAGCAUCUACGAAUGGUGUGGCUCCAUACCAGCGCGUGGAUCUCCCAAUAAAGCUGGCUCAACUCGAUGUGGUGGAGACUUUGGCCACAGGGAAAAAGGCUCCAGCGAAGAACUCGAUAGAAUCAGGCAAAACCUGUCUCUUUAAAGAUAUUCAAUGUCGAAUAGACUGACGUGUGUAUAUGAAUGUAGGGCCCUCAUCGAGGCUCAAAGUGACUCGAUGUUAUCGAAUUGCUAUCAGACCCCACGAUAAACGAGGAUGGGUGGCUGAUACCGGUGCUGGAACCAUCGUGAACCUUUAGCUGCGCAAUGUGCAAGUGAAUCGCAGCGUGUCGACGCGACGGACGUCGAGAUCCCUGAUGGCACCAUGAUCCUCUCACGCGCUUUUGUCGACAUCGAACCGAUUAAGGGCCUUAACGUCCGGUAGCGAGCUGUGAAUGCUUCAAUAUCGUAUUUGACGUCAAAUUUCGCAACGUAGCGUUAAAUACUUAGGGUAAGUCUCGAAGUAUUAACUUGGUUUGAAGUUUUGCUG